AUGGGCUUGUUCUCCAAGAAAGCUCCUGUCGAGAAGCAGGUUGCUGCCGAACCUAUCGGAUCUCCCCAUUACGACGAGAAGACGACGGGCGAGCACCCCGGUGAUAGAUCAAGCGAUGACGAGCCAAUCUCAAAGGACCUCCAGGCCGGUGUCGCCAAGGUCGAGGCCAUGACAACCGUGUGGACAAAGCGCGAUCUUAUCAUUGCUUACAUCCUGAUCUGGUUGUUCUAUGUUGUUACCUCUAUCCAGGAGGUCUCGAUGCGCGUCUUGUCCCCUUUCGUCACUAGCUCUUUCGCCAUGCACUCGUUGACAGCCACGACUGGUGUCAUGUCAACUCUCAUUGCCGGCCUGAUUAAGUUACCGCUUGCCAAGAUUCUCGACACAUGGGGCCGUCCUCAAGGUCUCGGUAUCAUGCUCAUCUGCUGGAUUCUCGGCUUUAUCAUGAUGGCUGCUUGCAAUGGCGUCGAGACUUAUGCUGCUGCGCAGGUCUUCUACUCAGUUGGAUCCCAAGGUAUCUCCUACUGCAUUACUAUUUUCAUCGCCGAUACCUCUACUCUGAAGAGCAGAGCUCUGAUGCUCUCGUUCGCAACGACGCCAUACAUCUUCAUUACCUGGGCAGCUGGCCCCAUCACCGAUAGUAUCCUCAGAGAGGAUGGCAUUGGCUGGCGUUGGGGUCUUGGUAUGUGGGCUAUCGUUGCUCCCGUCGUUAUCGGACCUCUUGUUCUCCUUUUCCUCUGGAACCAGCAUAAAGCGAAGAAGAUGGGCGUCAUCGACAGCCGCGGUUCCAUUAAGAACAUCUCUGGCGCCAAGAUUCUCAAGUUCCUCAUCGAUGUCGAUGCCCUUGGCAUCCUCAUUCUCGCUGCCGGCAUGGCACUGUUCCUGCUACCAUUCAACAUCUACUCCUACCAGACGGAAGGUUGGCGCUCUCCCAUGAUCAUUGCCUUCAUUGUCGUCGGUUUCUUCUUGAUCAUCGGCUUCGUUGUUUACGAGAAGUUCUUCGCCCCCGUCACCUUCAUUCCCUUCUCUCUUCUGAUGGACAGAACCGUCUUCUUCGGUGGCAUGAUGUUCGUCUUUGUGUUCUUCAACUCUGCUGUCUGGGGAUCCUUCUUUACUUCCAUGCUCAUGGUUGUCUGGAAUACAUCCACCUCUCAGACCACCUACAUCAGCAACAUUUACCGAACGGGCUCCUGCUUCUUCUCCAUUAUCAUCUCCUGGCUCAUCUACCGCACCGGACGCUUCAAGCCUUUCGCUCUUUUCUUCUGCAUUCCUUUGAUGAUGCUCGGCGUUGGCCUCAUGAUUCAUUUCCGUCAGCCUGACCAACCUCUCGGCUACAUUAUCAUGACUCAAAUUUUCGUCGCGUUUGCUGGUGGACCCACUGUCAUCUGCGGAGAGAUGGCCAUGCUCAGUCCCUCCGACCACGCCCACGUCGCCGUCAUCAUGGCCAUCCUGGACCUCUUCGGUAGCAUCGGCUCCACCGUUGGUUACACCGUCGCCACUGCCAUCUGGACCGGUACUUUCAGAAAGAAUAUUGCAAAGUACACUCCUGCAGGCACCCCCGUCGACACCAUUUAUGGCGAUAUCUACCAGCAGCUUAGCUACGAGGUCGGCAGUCCCGAGCGCAUUGGCAUUCAGCGUGCCUACGGUGACUCGCAGCGCAUCAUGCUCAUCACUAGUAUCUGCCUCCUGGUCGGUGCUCUUGGCUCCGUCGCCAUGUGGCGCAACCUGAACGUCAAGAAGAUCAAGCAAGUGCGCGGAAACGUUGUUUGA